AUAUAUUUUGUGGUCUAUAAUUAUAUGUUGCUUAAUUUCUUGUUUCCAUUGAAAUGGGUUUAUAUGUUUCUGCUGAAAAGAUUCAUUUGCACAUUUGAUUUCACCUCUUCUAUGUUGCUCAGCUUUUCAUUUCAAAAGCACACAAGGUGUUUGACAAAAUGUCUCAGAGAAUUUUAAGCAUAUUUGAACUGAUUGUUUGUUUGAAUAUUAAGAAUAUCUCAGAGAAUAUAUUAUAUAUAUGUCAUGAUCUUGGUUGUGUGUUUUCCAUUCUUUUGUGCCCACAAUAUUCCACUAUGUCAUCUCUAUUAAGGAAUUGUUUCGUAGCGGAGAGAGUCAGGGAUCGCAAUGGAUGCUUUAGCUGUAAGAUGUUUACAGAAUAUCACCACCAAUAUUGAUCUUUAGUGACUUUGACUCAUGUUAUGAAUUACUCUUGGUUUUCCUCUAUUUAUUAGCGUUAUUACCUCUUGCUGACAGGUUAUGAGUGUUUCAAGGCUAAAAUGGAAAAGACAAAAGUGGCUAAAUUCAUUUUGCAAGCUUUGCGUUGUUUUGACACAGACAUAUUAAUUGAAGAAAUGACUGAGAUUAUGGUGUAAUUCAUGUUCAUGGUUCUCAAACGUUGCCGCUCUAUCCCACUAAUCCCUCUUCUCUUUGGACCAAAUCCUAAUUCCAAACCUUUUCAUUUUCACUACUUGCAGUUCUUCUCCUCCGAUCAGUCAUGGCUGUCCAUACCUGGCAAGCCCCUGAUCAAGUGGCCUCACGACAUCCUCACUCCGCCAGCCACACAACUAGCCCCGGUUCCUGACUUAGGCACUAAAGUUUCUCAGAAUGAGUUCCGCACGGUUUCUGAGCUCCUUACCAACCCUGACAUUUCCUCUGGUCCUUCCCUCCAUGAUGCCUUGGACAGGACAGGAAUCAAGCUCGAUUCAAGUUUGUUACAAACUGUGGUCGACCACUUUGAUUCUUCCCCCAAGUUAUUGUACUCGCUCUUUCUUUGGGCAGAGAAGCAAACCACAUUUCAAUCAUCUGCUGCGCUCUUUAACUCCAUGGUCAAUGUACUUGCGAAAUCUAGGGAGUUUGACUCAGCGUGGUCUUUGAUUCAGGAUCAAAUUGACAAAGAGGAUGAACCCGCUUUGGUUUCUGUGGAUACGUUUGUGAUCAUGAUCAGACGAUAUGGUCGUGCAGGUAUGCCUGAAUCUGCAGUUCGAACUUUUGAAUUUGCGAGUACUUUGACUAUAGUUGUUAGUUUGGGUUCAGAAAUGAGUUUGUUUGAGAUUUUGUUGGAUUCUCUUUGCAAGGAAGGGCAUGUUAGGGAUGCUUCAGCUUAUUUUGAUAGGAAAAAGAAGUCAGACUCAAUUUGGAUUCCAUCGAUUCGAGUUUACAACAUUCUGUUGAAUGGUUGGUUUCGAAUGAGGAAGCUCAAACACGCAGAGCGACUCUGGAUGGAGAUGAAAAAGGAGAAUGUGAAGCCUACUGUUGUGACAUAUGGUACUCUUGUGGAAGGUUACUGUCGGAUGCGUCGGUCUGAAAGGGCAAUUGAACUAGUUAGUGAGAUGAAAACAGAAGGAAUUAAGCCGAAUGCUAUUGUAUAUAACCCAAUAAUUGACGCGCUGGGGGAAGCCGGAAUGUUCAAGGAGGCAUUGGGCAUGAUGGAGCGCUUUUUGGUUCUGGAAUCAGGACCCACUAUCUCAACAUACAAUUCUCUGGUGAAGGGUUUUUGCAAGGCAGGAAAUCUUGUUGGGGCAAGUAAGAUUCUCAAGAUGAUGAUAGGUCGGGGAUUCGUCCCAACACCAACAACUUAUAACUAUUUCUUUAAGUACUUUUCAAAGUUGGGAAAAAUUGAGGAAGCAAUGAACUUGUAUACUAAGAUGAUUGAAUCUGGAUAUUCUCCUGAUCGACUCACAUACCAUUUGUUGUUAAAGAUGUUGUGUGAGGAUAGGAAACUUGAGUUGGCAGUUCAAGUUAUUGAAGAAAUGAGAUCCAGGGGAUGUGAUAUGGACUUAGCUACAAGCACAAUGUUAAUCCAUAUGUUUUGUGAUUUGCGAAAAUUCGAAGAGGCGAGUUUGGAAUUUGGAAAUAUGAUCAGAAGGGGCAUAGUUCCUCAGUAUCUUACUUUCCAGAGACUAAAUGAUGAAUUAAAGAAACAAGGAAUGACUGAGAUGGCACGAAAAGUGUGUGGCCUGAUGUCUUCUGUUCCCCACUCAACGAAGUUGCCAGAUACUUAUAAAAGAGAUGGAGACGCAUCUCGUGCGCGAAGAUCCUCUAUUCUUCGAAAAGCUGAAGCAAUGUCGGCUAUAUUGAAAACUUGCAAGAAUCCAAGAGAAUUAGUUAAAUAUCGAGGUUCAUCUGAAAAUGUUGUUGCAACAGCGAACUCGUUGAUAGAGAACAUUAAGAAGAAAGUAUAGCAACUCGCGCUCUUCUCUAUCGCCUUGGGGAGACGAAAAGGGAAAGGGUGCGAGAGUAACUGGACAAGUUUGAGAAUUAUUUCUUUGUAUAAUAAUAAUCAAGGAUGAAGCUCUCUCCUUGGGGUAACUGGUCCUUGUUCUUAACACUUUUUUUUUUGGUUUAUUUAUUCCAUGUUUUUAACCUUAUAAUGUAGUGUUGCAGUUGCUCUCCUUUUUCCUUAAACUCCAACUACACUUCUAAAAACAGGGUAAACUAAAGGCCCUUUGAUUGCAGCA